AUGAAAAAUUUAUACUUUUUGCUUUUUCUGAUAUACGUAUUAGGAUUUACAACUUCAGUACUAUCAUUUGAAGUAUGCGGUUUGAGUUUUGAUAAUCUAACUCAGUGUAAUUCAAGUCAGUUUGCAUUUAUAGAAGGUGGAUUGCAAGUUGGACAAGCUAUCAAAAUUUCUGCAGUAUUAUCUCCUAGUGCUACAUUUGAAAUUUCCAAUUCUGGGUUCCAAUCUAUUGCUUAUGUACGUUUUGGCAGUGAUUCCUUUUCAUUGGAAAGUGGUGUCAGCCCAAUUCGUACAUAUGCCUCAUACCCUAAUGGGGCUGUGAGUGUUGGUUCAGUCAUUUCUUUCUAUUUAGUUGCUCUAGAGAAUAGCAUUGCUAUUUAUUUUGAGGAUUCAAAACUUGCAGAAAUUCCCCUAUUGAUAGCUGGACCAUAUAUGGUGGCUAAUCCUAUAAGUCAACCAAUACCAACAUUUGAGCUAGUUAACUACAAAGCUACAAAGAGUUCAUUUUGUGUUAUUAAAAGUGACUCGAAAAGUUGCUCACAGAGCAGUAUGGUUAGUUUUAAGGAAGGUGCUAGUGACAACCUAACAAUAACUACUAACCUUCCAUCAACUGUCCCUGAGGAUUUUUUCUCCUUCAGUAUAUCCGGAUACUCAAAUAUGUAUGAUGCACCAGAAUUCCAGCUAGCUACAACAUCAAAUAAAUUCUACGUUGCAGUCAAUGGAGUUAUGAAAACAACUGGUGAUCUCCCAUCUUCUGUAAAAUUAGGAAAUGAAUUAAUAACUCAGAUGAAGAAGGUAACCGGGACUGACACUUAUCAAAUAAUGCUAAACUCUGUAGUAAUAAGUGAACUUACCUUAACUAAAAAAAUCUACUUCAUCUUCCAAGGAGUUUCUCAAGGGACAAUGUCUGUUACUGCUAAAUAA